AUGAAGAACCCAGUCAAGCAAAAGCUAUUCCCAGCACUCGAAGACACCCUCGACUUCAUCCAAGAUGUCGCAGAGACCUCCGGCAGAUGGGUCAACUGGCAGAUCAUACGGGGCAUGCGACAUGUAUGGUGGGAGACGGACUGGGACGUGCUCUCACGAUGGGCGCAAUCAAUCAUCGAAACCGAAGAACGUCUUCGCGAAAUCACCCAACACGAGAACUUCCUCAAGAAGUGUAUCCACAAAUUCCACCACGACUCCGACCAAGCAGCCAAAUACGUUCUGCCGGAUUUCAUCGAAGAGUUGAUAGCCCUGGACCACGAGUAUAUGCGUCUCGAACGCAUAUACGACACGCUUCUAGCGGGUUGUCCUGUGGGACCUAUCAAGAGUGGAUAUUUGUGGAUUCGAAAGCAGCCGCAGUGGUAUCUUAAGAGAGGAAGGGUUGGGGUCAUUGUACGGUUAAGUGUGCUUGUUGUAAUGCUGAGCUUGAGGAUGGUUUUCGAUUGA